AAAAAAAAAAAAAAAAAAUAACUUUUCUUUUAUAUUCAUAACGUCAACAAUGCUUUCAUUUCCAAGAACUAAUUAUGUUUUAUUAUCCAAGCCAGAACGCAAUGUCUUGUUAAUAACGAUCAAUCGACAAAAACAAUACAAUGCUUUGAAUUCGGAAGCUAAUUGGGAAUUACAUCACGUAAUUAACUGGGCGGAAGAAGAAGAAUCAAUUUGGAUCAUUAUUAUUACAGGUGCAGGAGAUAAGGCAUUUUGUACAGGUAUGGAUCUUGUCAGUGCUCAUAAUGAUAAUACAAAUCUAGGUGGUUCUGUAUUGCCUCCUACAGGGUUUGGAGGGCUUAGUAAUCGUCGUACGAGUCGUAAACCUGUUAUUGCUGCUGUCAAUGGAUAUGCUUUAGGCGGAGGUAUGGAAAUGGUUUGUUCCUGUAAUAUUGUGAUUGCCACAAAAAGAUCUCAAUUUGGUUUACCUGAAGUGAAACAAGGCGUUGUCAUUGCUGCAGGCGGUCUGGCCCGUCUUGCUCGUUCCGUAAGUUAUCAGUUGGCAUCAGAGUUAGUAUUGACAGGUCGAUUUAUAAUGGCUGAAGAAGCAAAGUCAUAUGGACUUGUAAACGAAGUUAUAUCAGAUGAUAGAAACGUAGUUGAUGCUGCUUUAGUCUGGGCUAAGCAAAUUACAGCAAAUUCUCCUGAUGCAGUUUUCUUAACAAAACAGGGACUUUUAUUAGCUCUUGAACGAGCUUCAAUGACAGAUGCUACUACAGAAUGGAUUGAAUCGUCUGAAGCUGCUGCUUGGAGAGAAAGUGAUAACCUUUCUGAAGGUUUAACAGCUUUCGCUCAAAAAAGAAAGCCUCAAUGGAAGAAUCCGAUUAAUAAACCCAAAUUGUAACGCCCUUUUCAUCAUUUUACAAAACUAUAUAUUUAUUCUAGACAAAUAAAUAUCUAAUUAUGCGUUAUUAACUUUAUUAAUAAAUUUA